CCCCCCCUGCCAGACGUGUCGCGCCGCCAGGAAAUCUUGGACGAGUGAGCGGGGGCGAGGAGGAAGGCGCCGGCGGCGAGAAGAGACGAGAUGCUCAAGUUCCUGUCCAAGGUGGUGGUGGAGUACUGCCCGCUGGACCCGCGGAAGGCAGCGGCGGUGGAGCUGCUGGCGCAGUGCAACGGUCGCAAGGCCAAGGACUCCAACCCGGCCUGCUCCGUCGAGCUCCGCCGCCUCCCCUCCCCGCCUCCCACCGAGGACCCCAAAUCUCAGCAGCCUCUCCCGCCCCCGCGGAUCGUCGUCACCUACCUCAACGGCGCAGAGGAGGCCAUCGUCGCGGCCGAAGGCGCCACCGCACAGGGCAUCAGGGACCAGAUCCUCGCCCGGGGGCGGCUCAUCGACACCGAGCAGAUGUUCCGCGAUGGCGGGGAGAAGUGGCCCGUCGUCAUCCCCGAGGAGGAGCUGGGCAUGUCGUUCCCGGGCAUCAAGCCAAAGAAAGCCGAGGAGAAGCCCCAGGCCUAGUGACCAAGCAGAGCUUUCGUUAAAUGUAGCAUGCUAAAACUAAGGGCAUCUGUACUCACACAAACGCUUCAACAUCAUGUCCUGGAAAAAAUUCCUGAUCCGUACCACAUGGAAUGUGUCUUGAGGUGUUUGUUGACUAGGUCUGGUUCAGUUUUUGUUUCUCUCACUGAAUACAGUUCAGUGUUAGAAGUAUACUUUCAGUUGUUGCUUUGUACUCGUAUAAAUAUCAUUGCGGCUCUUGUCAGAUAUGUUGUUAACAAAUUUGUUCAGCAAGCCUUGUACUGUUGUAGUGUUCCAGCAGACGAUAUCAAACUCAUAUUUCUUUGGGCAUGCUUCCAAUA